AUGCGGGGCGUUCAGAUAUUCUCGGGAAAUUCCCAUCCACGUCUCGCAGAGACUAUUUGCGAGCGACUGGGCACUGUUCCAGCCAAAGCUAACUUAGGAAAAUUUGCCAAUGGCGAGACGAGUGUCAACAUCGAUACCUCGGUGCGAAACCAGGAUGUCUAUAUCAUCCAGAGUGGAAGCGAGAAGAUUAACGACAGUGUUAUGGAGCUCCUGAUUAUGAUCUCAGCGUGCAAGGGAGGCUCGGCCAAGUCGAUCACAGCGGUCAUGCCAUACUUCCCAUACUCGCGUCAAUCUAAGAAGAAGAGCCACCGUGGCGCCAUCACGGCCCGCAUGCUAGCCAACCUCCUGACGAUCGCCGGCGUGGACCAUGUUAUCACUAUGGACCUACACGCAUCCCAGAUGCAAGGGUUCUUCGGAAAGCCGGUCGACAACCUGUUUGCCGAACCGUUCAUCGCCCGUUGGAUCCGCAUGAAUGUUGCCGGCUGGAAAGACGCCGUGGUCGUCAGUAAGAAUGCCGGUGGAACCAAGCGAGUCACCUCGCUGGCCGAUACCUUGAAGCUCAACUUCGGUAUCGUGACGACAGAUCGUCGGCGCCCAAAGGUUCCCGUGGCCACCAUGAGUGACAGCACUGUAUUCUUCGAUGCCGUGGAUGAUGAUUCACGUAUUGCCAAGGAGUCACAGCCUUUUGAGCUUCACAUGCACAGUGCUCACAGAGCACCUGCAACACCUCCCAUUCCGGAAGAGCGGGAGCCUACCACUCCCCCUUCCGAACGGUACCUGCUGCGCCCAGAGACCCCGCCUGCGGCCCGCCGCCUGUCGGAGUUGGAAGCAGCUUGCGAGUACACGGACGUGCGUGUGCGAGAUGUGAUCACCGGCCGUCUGGUGCAAGGCCAACUGGUUGAUGACGAUUAUCGUAUCAACGAAGAGUCACAUUCUGGUGGCACUACACCGGGAGCUGGCAGCAGCAGCCACGAUAAUACAGACAUUAUCACUGAUGCCAUGGCUAACUCCAUCAUCUCCAACGCCUCGUCGCAGCCUCCCGAUCAUGCGCUGGGUGGAUCUUUUGACGCUGUCGAGUCUGAUGAUGAAGCCAGUGUCUGCGGCGGCCCCACUGAUGAAAGGACCAUCACGUUGGUGGGCGAGGUGCGCGAUCGAUCUGUCUUCCUCGUCGAUGACAUGAUUGACAAGAGCGGAUCAUGGAUUGCGGCUGCAGAGACUGUUGUCAAACGUGGCGGGGCCAGUAAGGUCUACUGCAUUGCCACCCACGGACUGUUCGGAGAGAACUCUCUGGACCAGAUGGAAGCGUGCCGGUCAAUUGACCACAUCGUCGUGACUAACACUUUCCCGAUCUCACCCUCAAUGUUGCGGCGAUCGAAGAAGUUGAUUGUCAUUGACGUGUCGAGUCUCUUGGCGGAGAGCAUUCGGAGACACCAUUAUGGUGAAAGCGUCUCGGCCCUCUUCCACCUUAACGACUGA